AUGCCUUUCUUCAGCAAACGUUCUCUCUUUGCCGCCGUCGCCACUGCUCUUUUACCAGCGGUGCAUGCCCAUGGUCAGGUCAAGGGCGUCUUGGCCAACGGGGUGUAUACGUCGGGUCCUAAUAUCUACUACGCCGCCGACUCGAAGAACGCCGGCACUCCUGUUCGUGUACAAUAUCAAGCCUCUGGAACGGCCUUUAACGUGCCUUCGCAAUGGAGUGACAACUCGGCCAUGGCUUGUGAAGGUGCCUCUGGCGCUCCCGUGUCCGUCAAUAUUACUGCUGGCAGUGUCCUCCGUAUCUAUUGGGCUGGUGCUACCGAUGACCUGCUUGGCAAGGCUGGUGUUGGCGACACUGGAGGAACCGACUCUACCAACUACCCUUGGGUCCAUGCCAUGGGUCCGAUCGCCGACUACAUUGCGACUUGCAAUGGAGACUGCAGCUCCUUUGACGCGUCCACCGCCGGCUGGUCCUUGCUCGACAAGAUGGGGAUCGAUUACAGCCAGACCAUUUCUGACGAUCUAAGGACGACGAUGGCCAAUAAGCCGGAAGAGUACUAUCCGACUAGCGGAAGUGGGCUGUGGGCCAUGGCCCAGCUUGUGGCACAGGGUUCCUGGUGGGAGACGACUAUCCCCGCUGAGCUCGAGGAUGGGCAGUACAUUGUAAGGAACGAGAUGACUGCCGUGCACAAUCCCCUUAGCGAUGGUGGUGACCGUCCCGGGCCGCAGAUGUACAUUGCCUGUGUGCAAUUGAAUGUAGAAGGUGGCGGGUCGCAGUCUCUGCCCGCCGGCACCCAGGCUGGAUCCCUGUACUCAACGACAGGUGACUUUGCCAAUUAUAAUAUUUAUGCCGGCGACGAGUGGACGGACCCCUUCCCAGACGUCUUGAGCUUUGCGUCGUCUUCUUCGUCAUCUGCAAUCACCUCUUCAUCCUCCUCUUUUUCUGAGGCUUCUUCCUCGGAAACACCCGCUCAGACCUCCACCUCGUCUUCUGAUGAUUCUUAUUACGCCCCAUCCACGACACUGACAUCAACUGCCUCUGCAGAGACUGCCUCGAGCAGCAGCAACAGCUCUACUGGAGCCUGCCGCGAGCGCCGAAGCAUCAAGAGGCGCAUGGAGUCUCACAAGAAUAUGAAGAGGCAGUCCCUCUCCCACACGCACUAA